CGUGAGAGUGUGUUUGGUAUGUGAUUAAAUAGCGUGUGUUUUCAGUGUAAGUUGUUGAAACAUGGCUACUGGUAUGGGUGUUUCUUUGCGCGUUACGGCCAGUUGUAGUCAGGGAGGCCGUCGCUAUAUGGAAGACACAUUCACAGUCGCUUAUCAUCCUCUCGGAGAUGGUUCCGUAGAGUACGCUUACUUUGGUAUUUUCGAUGGCCAUGGUGGUGAGGAAGCAUCGACGUUUGCACGAAUUCAUUUACUGAAUUACAUUAUCGCACAAGAAGAUUUCUGGUCUGAUGAAGAUUCUCGUAUUAAGAGAGCCAUAAGGAAAGGAUUCCUCGAUACUCACGAAGCAAUGUGGCGUGAUGUAGGUAAUUGGCGAAAGACACCUUCUGGUCAUACUAGCACAGCGGGUACAACUGCCACAAUAUGCUUCGUCAAGAAAAGCAAAUUGUAUAUAGGUCACGUCGGAGAUUCCGGAGUCGUUCUUGGAUAUAAGGAAAAAGGGGAAGCUGAAUGGAGAGGGAAACCCUUAACUAGAGAUCACAAACCUGAAGAUCCAGAAGAAUAUAAGAGGAUAGAAAGGAGUGGUGGUAAGGUGCAAAUAAAAGCUGGAAUUUGUCGAGUGGUUUGGAAUCGUUCUCGUGUUUGCCAUACGGGUCCUGUGACACGUUCUGCACCACCCUGCGAGGAAAUACCUUUUCUUGCUGUUGCAAGGUCAUUGGGUGAUUUAUGGAGUUUUAAUCCAACAUCAAAUACUUACGUCGUGUCCCCUGAUCCGGAUGUAAUAGUCUUACCGUUAAAUGUUUCUGUACACCACUGUUUGGUUUUUGGGACUGAUGGUCUGUGGAAUGUUGUCACACCUGAUGCAGCAGUAGCCGUGAUUCAAACUUGUGAAAUACACAAUAGUGCAGAUGUUGUUUUGGAUGGAAACCCGAAACCUGACUUCAAAAAACUUGGUUGGAUUAACCCUGCAAGAAAGCUGGUGGAUGUUGCCUUGCAACGAUGGUCAGAAAAUCAGAUGAGAGCUGAUAACACUAGUGUAAUUGCGGUGAUGUUAGACCAUCCCCUUGAGGAAGUAAAGGAAAAUUGUGAACAUGUAGAGACUAGCAACACUCAAACUGCUGGUGCUUCGGUUUCACGAAAGGGGCCACAGCAGCGUUGUGCUGAUGGCAUCAGAGAAACUGAUAAAAAUUCCAGAUUGCCAUUUGCCACUCCUGGUGAAUGGGUUGGGCCUCCACCUGUAGCUGCAAGAGUGAAAAAUGAACCUUCAUGGAGUCCUGUUGAUGGUGACGUUGAUGCCUCUGUAGUCCCUCCAGCAGUGCGAGACACUAGUUCUGUGGCAGAAGAUACAGCUGGUCGUGUUGUGAAAGUUGGAGAUUCACUUUGCAGUGAUCCUGUAUGUCUGACAAUUAAGGACAAUUGUUCAGUGCGAAGAGAUGAAACAUCUUUGGCUGUGGCACGAGUAGAGGAAAUUAAAGUGUGUUCUGAUGAAAAUAAGGCUACCACUACCACAAAACAACAGGUUACCACGUUUCCAACAUGCUACACAGCAAAACUUGAGAAUUUUUGUCCGGAUUGGCAGCAGACUGUAACGAACAGCUCUUUAAAUAAUGCCGAUAAUGAUACUGUUUUGGAGGGAAGUAGGGUGGAACCACUCCAGAAAAGUAAGAGGAAUCAAUUGAAUGACACAGAAGCUGUUACUUCACUUUUAACUCGCCCAAAUAUGAGAGACCAUUCAAAUGAGAAUGUACCAUUUGCUUCAAAUUUGUUGCAACAGAAAUGGUGGGCAAGGCAGUCUGAGGAUACGAGUACAGUCCUUUCAUCUCACAGGAGCAGAUGGGGUAAACAUAGUAUCAAGAAUAUGAGUUCACCAGUUACUGUUGAUCAUAAGAGGAAACGGAGUCAUUCAGAUGACAGAACACUGGUUUUAUCAUGUUUAAUGCAAAAGAAAAGUUUUAAACCCCAACCUAAUGAUAUUCUCUCAGAUGCAGGUCCCCCAUCACCAGAGAAGAGCUCUAGGAAGCUAUGCAGUGAUGCAGACACACUUAAGUUACCUUCAUGUUCAGUCCAAGAAGUCUGUAAGAAGAAUUCUGAUGAUACAGUUACUACAUUCACAUCCAAAGAGAAGAGGAUAAGGAGCCAGUCAUAUGAUAGGAAAAGAGUCACAACAAAUUUUGCCCAACAGGAAAAGUGUAAUGGAGAUGCUGGUGAUGAACCUACAAUGAACGUUUCUCAAACACAGACCAGAAAUUCUAAGAGGCACAUAGACAGUGAACAGUCAUUUGCUUCAGCAUCAUCAUCAUCUCAACAACAGAAGCGGAGGCGAAACCUAUCAGAAGACACAAAUGGUGCAUCAUCUGUGAAUCAGGAAAGUAUUACUAAAUGUCAGAUUGAUGAAAGAUUAGUUGCCACUACAAAAGAUGGGAAGAGAAGUUGGAGCAAAGAAUCUGUUCUCAGGCAAUCGGUUGCUUCAUUUCCAAAUCAACUUAGAGGGAGGAGAAGCCAGUCUGAUAACAGAAAGGUAAUCACAUCAUCUGUUAUUCUUAUGAGGACUCGCAGAAGCAAGUCUGUUGAUGCAUGCAGAGAUAUUUCUGCUUUGAACAAGGAUGAUAGCUCCAAGAUUGAUGCUGAUGACAGGCAGUUACUAGCUACUUCUACAACUCCACAGAAGAAGAGGAAAAGGAGGAGGAGGAGCCAGUCACAUGACACCUUAUGUUCCUCAGCCUUGCAGGCAGCAACAUCUCUAAACCACACCAGUAAUGACCAGUUAAUUAUUUCUCCUCAUGUUAACCAUAAGGGCAUUAGGAGGAGUAAGUCUCUUGAUGGGAAGACAUUCACGUCAUCAGUAAUGCAACGUAGGGAUUAUAGGCGACACUCUGUUGCUUCACAAUCUCUUGUUACGCCUGUAACACAACGAAGUAAUUGGGAACAGGCCAUUGACCGGCAAACAAACGUAUCAUUUUCAUACCAACAGCACAGUUUGGGAAACGAGUCUGAUAACAGGCAUGCAGUUACCUCAUCGCGAGUGAAGUCUGGAUUGAGUUGCUCAAGAAAUGGGCACAAUUGUGGGAAGCGCUGGGGAAAGAGAAGAAAAAUGACCUCCACACAUGUUGGACAACUACGCCGAAAUGCAGCUGUGACUCGUAGAAGGCCUUCUGCUUCUCUGAUGGUCACAUCAAGUAGGUCAGUGUGGCCACAGAAUUCAUCAUCAGACUCUCAUAAAGCAACUGUUGGUUCUGUCAGAGAACCAGGGAGAAUUCUGCGUUCUGUAACGGCAGCUGUUAUUGCGGAAUCGCUUCCAAUUGCCAAAAAGUUGCGAUCUUCUUCUUGUCAAGCACAGCCAAAAUGUCACUAUGGGUGUGGCUUGACAUGGAGAAAGGUCUGUGACCACUGUUUUACAAAACGAAGUAAUGUGCAUAGCAGGAAUGUACCUAGUGUAUGUAGAUACCAUUUUAAGUGACAUAGGAGGUGGGUUAGUGUAUGUAAAACCAGUAGUCCAAAGUACAUAAAAGGAACAUGGACAUUUUGGUGAAACACGAAAGUGAAGGUAGCAGAGAAAAAUACCUUGUAGUCAGCCCACAAUAAACAUUUAAGGGUGUCUCCAAAUGACAUGAAUUUCCUAAAACAAAAAUAAUACUGCAUUUGUGCAUCAGUUAUCUAUAUUUACAAUUAAAUUUAUGUGCCUACAUGUUGCCAGAUAUUACUCUUCAACUCUUGAACAUUUAUGUAUGAGAGAUUUUGAAUCGGUGAAUAAUGGAGCAUAUUUGAUGACCUUUCUCACCUUUGUUCUUGGUACGUAUUUCCAUAACUGUACAAAUAUUGCUAUAUACCAGUUGAUAUUAAGAAAUAUAUGUGUAUAAAACAUCUGAUAUUUUUAGAUUUUUGUGAAUUUUCAUUGCACUGAUAGUACCAGAUAUUGAACUAUUUUGAUUAAAAAAUUGUACCAGCAUACAUAGUCUCAGUUUAGUGUGUGUGUGUGUGUGUGUGUGUGUGUGUGUGUGUGUGUGUGUGUGUGUGUGUGUGUGUGUGUGGGCACGCGCACGCGCAGGCAGGGUGGGUGCAUACACGCAGUUUGAGCCAUAAGUGGUUCGGCAUGUUGUAGUACUGAUCAUUUCACUUUUUCCUCAAGCCUUUCACCAGAUAAUAAGCUGUACUAUACUGAAAUGAGACAGUUUUAACUAGACAAAUCAACAGUUGCUUCGUGUAAUGAGAUAUAAAUUGGCUGCAACUGUUCACUGAAAGACAUACACAAGGUGGUACAAAUAGUUACUGAAGUAUGUAAUUAUAAUUUUAAUUUAUACUGAUGAAUUAUAUUCUUUAUAUUUAUGACCAAUGAAUUAUAUUCUGUAUAUUUAUGACCAAUGCCUUAGGAAGUUUUGUGUGUAUGGUAUUAUGUACGUGUAUAUAUAAAUAAAACAUAAUGUAUUUUUGCUGUUUGUAGAACAACUUACCAGUAUGUCUAGCUACCAAAAAUGAUACAGUUUUUAUUACUACUUUCUUUCAGAAUUGUGAUAUUUGUCAGUGAUUUUAGCUUGUAAAUAUGUAGAAAUAUAGGUUGGUGAAUGUUUUAAAUUCUGCAGUGAUUUUUUGUAAAUCAGAGUAUACAUACUAGAUAGACCAAAUUUAAUUUAAUCUGAAUAAUGUACUGGUGGUUUUUAUAGUUUCUGAAAAUACUUGCAGACAAAUUAUUUACCAGUGAACUGUGAGAAAUAGACUGAUUGUGUAAUGAAGUAAUUCAGCAAUUACUGUUAAGGUAAAUUUUCUGAUGUGACUGUCCUGCCAGUUCUGUAUAUUUUGGCUUCAUGAUAUUUAUGAUUUUCAAAUAGGCUGUGAACACUUACGUCAAGUAUUUAUAUGAUAUCAUACUUCAUUCGUUUGUUCGUUUCUGCUGAAACAGCAGCAGUUACAUUGAAGCUGAGCCAAAUGGUUAAGUAACAUGCAUGUUCCAUUAAAAAAUCUAUUCGAAUUUUGUUCUUUGCAAAUGCACAGAAAAUUGCAAUUACUCGUAUUUUAAAAAGUGACUGUAUGUUUCAGAGAGAACCUUAUGUUAGACAUGAAAUGUCUUCUUUUCUCGUAAAAGAUUAUUGUGCAUUAUAAAAUCUACAGUAUAGUGUGCACUGGUGCUGUUCUCCAGAUACUGUGUUAACUAUUGCAUUUUCCUGUGGGUGCGAGAAUUUAAUAAUAUUUGAAAACUGCCAAUUUUCUCCUUGAAAAAAUACUGUAAAUAAAUGUAAUGUGUACAUUUAAAAAUGAAAAAAAUGGAAAAAAAUAUGGACUGAACU